UACUUCUGAAUGGACAUGAAGCCUCAUGUAUGCCAAUUUUGUGGACUUAGCUUUAGUCGUGUUAAAGCUUUAGCUUCCCAUGAAAGAUUUCAUCAUGAUCACUAUGAUUCUAAUGAGUGUGCUAAUUGUAAUACGAUUUGCCAAAAUAAAAGCUCUCUAUCUAAGCAUUAUGGCUACUGCAUUGAGAAGGGAAUUAAAACGAAUAAUAUAAAAAAAGCUUCAGUGAAGGAUUCACCUGUUGUGGACGUCAAAACUGCACAAGGAGCAGGAAAACUGAAAAUUACUGAGCAAGAAAAGCGCCAUGCCUGCACUGAUUGUUCAAAAUUCUUUGCAACAAAACAAAAAAUGCACAGGCACAUGUGGGUUCAUCGCCGGAAAACAUUUGCCUGUGAAGUAUGUGAAUGCGUCUUUGGACAACAGAAUGAACUUGAUGAACAUCGCUUGUCGGAGCAUUCCGGCGGAUCGUCCUAUCUUUGCCAGGAAUGUGGUAAGACUUUUUCAAGUCGGCAAGGUUUGUGGGAGCAUGGAAAAGUGCACAAUUCCAGAGGAAGUACUGGACAAUUCCAUUGUGGAGAGUGCAAUAAGAAAUUUUCCAGUCGACAGGGAUACCUCAUACACACUAGGACUCAUACAGGGGAGAAGCCUUAUUCGUGCAGAUAUUGCUGGAAAUCAUUUCGCGAUGGAGGAACUCUAAGAAAACACGAGCGUAUACACACCGGCGAGCGACCACAUUUGUGUCCAAUUUGUGAGCGUGCCUUCAAUCAAAAAGUUGUGUUGCGUGAGCAUAUACGAUGGGUGCAUGCAGAAAAUAAAAUAGAUUUGAAUCCCAUUUUUCAGUGUGAAUUGUGUGAACAAAUUCUUAGGGAUCGUGAAGAACUGUGUGCACAUAUUGUAAGGCACAGUGAUCAAAUAUCUAUUAAAAACAAAACAAAUAUAUCAACAACGUUUAGUGCAAACAAAAAGAAAUUACAUGUGAAAAAUUCAAAUAUGAACAGAGAAAAGAAAAGGGUUACAACACUUGGUGAAUCUACUAAAUUUACUGAGAUUGGCUUGAACUUUUCUUGUGAUUUGUGUGGACUAUCGUUUAAAAGUAGACAAUUAUUAAAAUCACACAUUAUUGAGCACUUUUGA